AUGGGUAAGAAGAGGGCCAGCAAGUUUGCCGAAGACCAGAGAAAGCUGAAGAAGCAGCAGCAGGACGCACAGCUAAGCAUUGGAUUGGCCAACAGGGCAAAUGAACUGGAUCCAUACGGCGAAGACUCGGAAGAAGAUGGAAGAGUGAACUCUGAUGACGAGGAGAUGGAUUAUGAGUUGAGACCUCGUAGCUUGAAACAGGAGAAGGCGAAGGUUGGUGCUUUGCCUAUCAAGAAAGGAUCACGUAUUGAAGCUGUUGUAGAGGAAUCGUCUGAUGAAGAGGAUGACGAUGAAGAAGAAGAGGAGAAAGAAGAGCAGCAAGAGCAACAGGAACAACAGCUCACAGCAGAAGGAGUCGAGGAAGAAGAGGAGGAGGAGGAAGAGGAAGAACUGGAUACCGAGGAGAAGAUCAUUGCCCUCAAAGAGGAAAUUGCAGAGUUGGUUGAGAAAUUGACCGAAGAGCCAGAGGAAAACAUUGGUGCCUUGACAAGACUGAUAAAGAUGUCACAAUCCAAGAAUCUAAACACUUCAAGGUUUUCACUUUUGGCUAUAGUUCCAGCUCUGAAGAGUAUCAUCCCGGCUUAUAGAAUCAGACCCUUAACGGAGGCUGAAAAAAGGGAGAAAGUUUCCAAAGAUGUUGCCAAACUGCGUAAUUUUGAGCAGACUUUGGUUUUGAACUAUAGGGCUUAUAUCAACGUCUUGACAGAGUUCGCUAAGAACAGCUCCAAGGACCCACAAAUGGGUGUCAUUGCUGUGAAGGCCGCCUGCGAACUAUCCUCAAGCUUUAAGCAUUUCAACUAUAGACCAGAUGUUUUGAUUAUUGUCAUAAGACGUAUCUGUAAACCAUCUGCGAAGAAUGACCCGGUCUAUAUCCAAUGUUUGAAGACGUUGGAAGUUAUGCUGAAUGAAGACGAUGUUGGUGAUGUUUCCUUUGACAUAGUUAGAUUGUUGACAAAGACUCUGAGGUCAAGAAAGUUCAGAGUUGAUGAAAGUGCACUAAAUGUGUUCUUAUCACUACAGAUUCUUUCCGACUAUGAUCCAAAUGCUACAGAAGAGGAGAAAGAAGAAAGAUUGAAAAUUAAGAAGAAAGACCGUGUUCACCUCUCGAAGAAGGAGAGAAAGGCCAGAAAGGAACGUAAAGCAAUUGAAGAAGAGAUGCGUAAAGCUGAACAGAAAGUCUCGGAAGAGGAGAGAGAAAGGUUCCAAGCAGAAAUAUUGAAGAUGCUCUUGAAGUUGUACCUGGAUAUUCUUAGAGAAAGGCCUGAUAGCUUGAUGGCUUCAGUGUUGGAAGGAUUGGCAAAAAUUGGUCAUAUGGCAAAUUUCGACCUCUUGGGUGACUUUCUUGAGGUAUUCCGUGAAAUCAUCAAGGAUUCGGAGGAUCAUCAAACUCGUGAGGUUCUACUGAGUGUUGCCACAGCAUUUGCCUUGGUUGCUAGCCAUCAACAGUACAAAGUUAACGUUGACCUAUCUUUCUUUGUUGAUUCGCUAUACUCUAUUCUACUAGACCUCGCUUUGGAUGUUGAUGUGGAAUUCUCUCACAAGACUUUAAGACUAGCAGAUCCUCUAGGGCUUGAGAACAGAAGACCAAACGUUAACAUCUCCACUAGAAUUGAGCUUUUAUUGAGAGGUCUGGAAAACAUCUUCUUCAGAUCUAAAAAUGGCUCAAAGACCCGUGCAUUAGCCUUUAACAAAAGACUAUCAAUGGCUCUAUUACAAACCCCAGAGAAGUCAUCCAUCGCAAUAAUGAAGUUCUUGGAGAAGCUCAUGAGUCGGUACUCAGAACUAUGUGGUGCAUAUUCUACAGACGAUAGAAUCAAUAACGGUAAAUACAUCAUGGAGGCCAACGUCCCUGCAAGAAGUAAUGCAGAAGCUGCCACCAUUUGGGAAACCCUACUACUGGAAAAGCAUUACUGUCCUACGGUUUCUAAGGGAGCCAAGGCUUUAAUGAGAAGAGCAAAUGAGAGCACAUAA